AUGGCUAAGCUGGUACACAACGUCCAAAAGAAGCAGCAUCGCGAGCGUUCGCAGGUAUCUUCUCGAUCCAGGUUCGGCUUCCUGGAAAAGCACAAGGACUACGUAAAGAGAGCUCAGAAUUACCACCAAAAACAAGCGACUCUGAAAAUUCUGAGGGAGAAAGCUCAGCAAAGAAACCCGGACGAGUUCUACCAUGGCAUGCACUCCAGGACCUUGGACUCCAAGGGCCUGCUGCAAAAGUCCAGACAAUCCAAAGGCGAAGAUCCGAGUUUGUCAACCGAGCAGGUGAAACUGCUGAAGACCCAAGACGCCAACUAUGUGCGUACGCUUCGUCAAAACGAGCGCCAGGUGCUUGAAAAACAGGCGCAAACAACUAUGUUUAAAUCGAGAGGUGCGCACACGGUUUUCGUGGAGGACCAGGAGUCGCUGCAAUCAUUUGACGCUGCGAAACACUUCAACACCACACCCGAACUGCUGCACCGCCGUGAAAACAGACUCACGCGCGACCAGCUGGCCAACCAGGGCUUGCAAGCUGGCGUCAAGCAGAUCGGGACAGACACCGAGACCCUGGAGCGCAAGAGGCUCAAGAAACUACGGCAACUACAGCAGCAUCAGGACCGCGAAAAACAGCUUUCGGGGGUCCUGCAACGCAUGGAAAUGGAGCGCGAGGGAAUGAAGAAGGGGUCGAAGAAGAAGGUCGAGGACGCCCACGGGAACGUGGCCUUCAAGUGGAAGAAACAGCGCAAGCGUUAA